AUGAAUAACAUGCCCAUGGAAGAAGUCCAAGCAAUAGGAAAUUACCAAAGACAGCCUAAUAAUCCCAAUUCCAUGACCUACACCCCAGCUUGGAAGAACCAUCCAAAUUUUUCCUGGUCUAAUAACCAAAACACCCUCCAACCUUAUCUUCCACCUCAUCCACCAUAUCAACCUACCCAAAAUAGGCCACCUUAUCCACAACAAUAUGCACACCUAAAUCCUCCACCUGGCUAUUAUCAACCACAAAAUAGACCACCUCAUCAAAUGCCAAUGAAACCGGCUGAAACCCAACCUGAUUGCCAAGCUAUUACUUUGAGAAAUGGAACGAGAUAUGAAGGGCUAAAGAAGAAUCAGUCAAAAGAAGAAGAAAAUAAGUUGAAUGAUGAAAAGGUUACUGAAGACCUUAAGAAAGAAGAGGAGACCCCACCUAUGAAUAUUGAGCAUCAUGUUAGAAUUCCAUAUCCACAAAGACUUUGUAAGCAUUAUUUGGAUAAACAGUUUGCCAAGUUUUUAGAGGUAUUCAAGAAGUUACAUAUAAAUAUACCGUUUGCAGAAGCAUUAGAACAGAUGCCCAGCUAUGUAAAUUUUAUGGAGGAGAUUCUCUCUAAUAAGAGAAAGAUGGGUUAUUACGAAACAGUGGCGUUAACAGAAGAAUGUAGUGCGAUUUUGCAAAGAAAGCUUCCUCAAAAGCUUGGUUUGGGGGAAGCUAGGCCAACCACAGUAACAUUGCAGCUGGCUGAUAGAUCUGUGAAGCAUCCACGUGCAACUGGGCAAGCAUUGAUAGAUGUGCAAAAGGGAGAGUUAAAGCUGAGAGUUCAAGGGGAGGAAGUAGUAUUUAAUGAGUUUAAGGCUAUGACUUAUCCUAAAGAAAGUGAUAGUUGUUUCUCAGUUGAUGUGGUGGAAGAAGUAGUGGGAAGAAAAAAAUUAAGUGAGGACCCUCUUGAAUUAAGUCUUACAAUUGAUGAUGUAGAUGGUGAGGAAAAUGAAGAGGUGAUGAGUUAUUUGAAGUGGAUAAAAUCAGCUGAGCCGUGGAAGCAUAAGAAGUUUGAAGAAUUGGGUGCAGGACCAGAAAGACCAUUACCAUCAAUUCUGAAGCCACCUGUUUUAGAAUUGAAAGUUUUACCGAACCAUCUCCGUUAUGCUUAUCUUGGGGAAAGAGAGACUCUUCCAGUUAUAGUUUCAUCAUUUCUUUCAGAAGUAGAGGAGGAGAAGUUGUUGAGGGUAUUAAGAGCUCAUAAAACUGCUAUAGGGUGGACUCUGGCUGAUAAUGAGGAAUUAGCCCAUCGAAAGUUAUGCAUAGAAUUCUUAUGGAAGAUGAGGCGAGACCGACUAUUGAUGCUCAAUGAAGACUUAAUCCGACAAUGA